AUGGCCCGGUCACCUCUCUGCUGGCUGUGGGUUCUGGGUACCCUGGCAGGGCUCUCCGCUACCCCAGCCCCCCAGAGCUGUCCAGAGAAGCACUACUGGGCUCGGGGCGAACUGUGCUGCCAGAUGUGCCAGCCAGGAACGUUCCUGGUGAAGGACUGUGACCAGCACGGAAAGGCUGCUCGCUGUGAUCCGUGUAAACAGGGAGUGUCCUUCUCACCAGACUACCACAGCCGGCCCCACUGUGAGAGCUGCCGGCACUGUAACUCUGGUCUUUUCGUUCAAAACUGCACCCUCACUGCCAACGCCAAGUGUGCCUGCCCUGAGGGCUGGCAGUGCAGGGACAAGGAGUGUACAGAGUGUGAUGGUCCAGCCCAGACCCCAGGCCCACACCCACAACCCUCCCACUCACCUUAUGCUGAAGCAAUACCAGAGGCCAGGACCAGCCGGUACACUCAGACUCUGGCUGACGUCGGGCAGGUUCCUGUCCCAACUAUCUCCACCUACUUGUCUUCCCAAAGGUGCAGCUCGGAGUGCAUCCGCAUCCUUGUGGUCCUCUCUGGAGUGUUUCUUGCUUUCACCGUAGUCGGAGCCCUGUUCCUCUAUCAACAAAGAAAAUAUGGAUUAAACACCGGAGAAUGUCCAGUGGCGCCAGCGGAGCCUUGUCCUUACAGCUACCCCAGGGAGGAGGAGGGCAGCGCCAUCCCCAUUCAGGAAGAUUACCGAAAACCAGAGCUCGCUUCCUACCUCUGA